AUGAAGACUGUCCUUCUGGCACUACCCCCGCAACCAACGGGAAAGGAAAAUCAGCUUCAAAUGUGGCGAUCUACUCAGCAUGCUUCAAUGGUCAGAAGCGCAAUUACUGUUGCCCCACGGAUAAUGUUCCGACUUGUCACUGGCAAGGCUCAGCUCCCCUUUGCCGUAGCCAUUCCUGCUCAAAGGGAGAAGUCCAAGUCGCAACCGAUCAAUCUGCCACGGGCCAUAGCUGUUGGUUCAACCAUAAGUCCUUAUGCUGUACUUCGACGUCAUCCGAUGCAGCAGUUGGACUGUGCAAAUGGUCAGGCUCUGCACCACACUGUGCAAGUGGUGACAAUCAUGCCGGUUGUGCUUCGGGUUAUCCUGAGUACUUAA